UUUUAAAAAUGCCUUCCCGAUAUCGAUCUGUCAAUAUAAAAUAUGUUUUAGUUAACUGAUAACAGUAUAUGACUUGCGUAUUUUCCAACAAUCUGUAAUCUACUUUGUUAUUGUUUUACAUAAUCAUGUUUUGACAUAUGUCUAACGAGUGUAUUUCGAUAAAAUGUGCAACAACUGAAACAAGUGUUUUACAGAAAAUGGCACUUGAGCAGAAUUUGUACAAAUACUACGAAGUACUUGGAUGUAAUAAGGAAUCUUCGUAUGAAGAGCUCAGACAAGCGUAUAAAAAAAUGGCUCUUCUUUAUCAUCCUGAUAAAUAUCCCCAGGAUAAAAAUAAUCUAACCAAUGAUAAAUUUCUCGCCAUUGAAGAAGCGUGGCGUAUUUUAAGUGACAAUGAAACGCGGAAAAAAUACGAUGCUGAAUGUCGACAAGCUGAAUUGGAGUCAGAAAAUAUAUUAAUUUAUGAUAACAUAAAUUUAGAUCAAUUGAAAGAAAAAGAUGAUAAAUUUUUAAGUUAUCCUUGCAGGUGUGGUAGUAAUUACUUGAUCAGUAAAAGUGAUAUUAACGAGGACAGUAAUGAGGUGACAUACAUUCCGUGCCAAGAAUGCACUUUUUGUAUUGUUUUAGAGAAAUAAAAUAUUUAUGUAAUAAAUUAUAAAAAUUUCUCACAA